CCCCGCCCCCGAGCUUUAGCCCCGCCCCCGCGCGGCCGCCGUCCUCUCCGCUCGUCAACGCUGAUGUGUUACUAACGUCGGUGGCUCACGUCUGAGAGCAUGUGGCGCUUCAGCUCCAGGGUCCUGCUGCUGCUUCUGCUGGCCUUCCCCUGCGGCCUGCUCGGUGUCGGGCGCGUGUCGGCGCAGCCCGACUCUGCCGAGGACUCUGAGCCCUACGCCUCAGUGGAGGAGGAGGAAGAGGAGGAGGAGGAAGAGGUCCUGGUGGAGGACGAUCAAAUGCAGGCGUCGGACGGAGAAGAGGACGAGGCUGAAGCUGCGGACCAGACGUUGGGCGCUCAUCCUGACGCCGACACCACCAUCAUCUUCACCACAGGAGAAGAGUUUCCUGCCAAUGAAAUUGUGCGUUUCCUGGUGGGCUUCACCAACAAGGGCAGCCAGGAGUUCAGCGUGCAGUCGCUGGAGGCCUCGUUCCGCUACCCUCAGGACUUCCAGUUCUACAUCCAGAACUUCACAGCGCUGCCCCUCAACACCGUGGUCCAGCCCAAAGCUCAGGCCUCCUUCGAGUACUCCUUCAUCCCCGCCCAGCCCAUGGCCGGUCGCCCCUUCGGCCUGGUCGUGCUGCUCAACUACCUGGACGCUCAGGGCACAAUGUUCCAGACGGCCAUUUACAACCAGACCGUGACCAUCACAGAGAAGGAGGAAGGGCUGGAUGGCGAAACGGUGUUCAUGUACAUCUUCCUGGCCGGGCUGGUGGCCCUGAUGGUCUUCGCCAUGUACCAGGUGCUGGAGACCCGCACGAGGAGGAGGCUGGCGACCAAAGUGGAGCGAGGCACCACUGGAAUCAACGACGUGGACAUCAGCUGGAUUCCUCAGGAGACGCUCAACGCCAUGAACAAGGCCUCGCCCAAGUCGUCGCCCAGAACAUCUCCUCGCAAACGCACCAAGAGGGCAGCGGGAGUGGAUCAGUAGAGGCGCGUGUUUCAGGAUUCAACUGGGCAUCAUCAUCAUCAUCAUCAUCUUCUUCAUCACCGCAUUCCAGGACUCUGACAUCAGAACUGCUGCUCCAGUUCCAGUGGAAGCAGAGCAACAAGACAUGUUUCUGUCACUGUGUGUGAGUGUGUGCGCGCGCUCGUGAAUGUGCAUGUCAGCCAUGCAACUCAGAACCAAAGCAGCAAACCCACAGAAGCGUCUGCCUUCGUCCUCCCUCGGUGCCUUGUCCCACCUGCAUCUGACUGCUGUCUCGACACGGGUCGCACACUCUUGCAGUUCCAACAUCUGGCCGCCUGGACAGUUGCGACCGCUCUUCGUCACGCGUUGAUGCUGCGAACACGAAAGAUCCCUGUGCUGUGUGAAGUUGAGACAAUAAAAUGAAGCCACAAAUGUCUUUUUCAAAA